GGCCGGGUCGCGGACCGCCGGAGACGGCGGCGGGGGGCCCGCGGCAACGCGCCGCUGCGGGCGGCCGGCGGGGAGCGUGGCUCGCUGCUGCCGCCGCCGAGCGACGGCGCCACCCGGUCGUGCGGGGACGAGAGCCGGGGCCAGCUGGGCCGGAAGGGCGCGGGGCGCGGGGCGGGGCGUCAACGAAUUCCGGCAUUGGAAACUCUACAUGUUGGUCCGGUGAGCUGUGGAAAGCAGCACUCCCUGGCCGGCUGUCACAAAGGAAGGGUCUUCGCGUGGGGAUCUGGUUCUGAAGGACAGCUGGGAACUGGAGAAUUUAAGGAAAUAAAUUUUAUACCUAAGAAGAUAGAAACUCUGACUGGUAUAAAAAUUAUACAAGUUUCCUGUGGAUGCUACCACUCCCUGGCACUAUCAGAAGAUGGCCAAGUGUUUUCAUGGGGAAAGAACAGCCAUGGGCAGCUGGGCCUGGGGAAGAAGUGCACCUCUCAAGCCAGCCCGCGGAGGGUGAGGUCCCUGGAGGGGAUCCCGCUGGCACAGGUGACUGCAGGAGGGGCCCACAGCUUUGCCCUGUCUCUCUCUGGGACUUCAUUUGGCUGGGGAAGCAACAAUGCAGGGAAGCUGGCCCUCGGAGGGAAUAAUGUCCCAGGUAACAAGAGCUACAAGCCUCAAUCAGUUGGUGUACUGAAGACUCUAGGUGUGAUUUAUGUCAGCUGUGGUUAUGAGCACACUGCAGUGCUUACCAAGGAUGGGAAAGUAUUCACAUUUGGAGACAAUAGCUGUGGACAGCUGGGACACAGCCCCACUGCUGAGAAGAGGGGUCCGCAACUGGAAAGAAUUGAGGGCCUAGUUUCGCAGACUGUGGAAGGUAGUUAUCACACCCUUGUGUAUGUCUAUACCACUAGUCAGGGGGUGUCUUUUGGUUGUGGACCAAGUUGCACAAGCAGCUCACCUCAUCCGGGGGCUCUGGCAGAGAACUUUGACAUUAGCUGCCUGAUUUCUGUUGAUGACCUUGCGGAUGUUCAAGUCAACCACAUUUUUGCUGGAACGUAUGCCAACUUUGUGACAACUUACCGUAAGGAUACUAGUUCCACCAGUGUUUCCAGGAAAACCCUGCCAGAAAUAAGCUGAAUUAACCAGUCGCUGACAGAAAAAUGGAUGGCAGUGGCAAGAGGAAGUGCAGAGCAUGAAGUGGCUGAGAGGGAAAUUAGAGUGGUAUUUUCAUCUCCUGCUUGUCUGACUGCAAGUUUUUAAAGAAAAGAAUCUGGAAAAACUCUUUCCAUUGAUGUGGACUUAGAAAGCGAGCAGUUAACAAAAAAAGAAUGGAUUUCUUCUAUGAUAACAACACGUCUCAGGGAUCCUCCGCUCAGAGCUCUUCCGUAUCGUUCUCCACACCAAGAAGCUUUAUCAGUCUUCCUUAUGCUCCCAGAGUGUCCUGUCAUGCAUGAUCCUAAGAACUGGAUGACUCUGGUGGUUCCGUUUGCAGAGGCUGUUCAUAACAUGACUGGCCAAUCUUCACAAGUCCUGAGGCAGUGUUGGGCAUCUUUGCAAGCAUCCUCUCUCAACACACUGGUCCAGAUGCUUAAAACUGCCAUCGUCUCUGUUUUUUGGACUGAAACCAUUCAUCACCACAAUGUUAAAGCUCUUCUAGAAGUGAUGAAAGAAGUGUAUAAGGUAAACAAAGCUAAUUGUCAACUACGAAAUACUUUCAACAUAAAUGAACUAUCCACUUUGUUGAACUUCUAUGAAGAGAGAAGAAGAGUGAUCUGUAGGGAUAAAAACCUGAUACCUGCAGAAAACCUCAGUCCCAUUAUUUUCAGUGAUUUUCCAUUUGUCUUUAAUUUGCUCUCCAAAAUUAAAUUAUUGCAAGCUAAUUCCCAUAUAAAAAUGCUGAUAUUGGAAGGGAAAGAGUGCAUGGAUUUUGGGCAAAUAAUUCUGCAAGGAAAGGAUGAAUCCCCUCCAUUUACACUUAGAGUCAGACAGAGUCACCUAGUUGAAGAUGCUCUGCGUCAGUUAAGCCAAGCUGAAGUCACUGACCUCCGGAAAAUAUUAGUGGUUGAAUUUAUUAAAGAAAUUCGUUCUGUGGGAGAAGGGGUGAAGUCCGAGUUCUUCCACGGUAUAUUUGAAGAUAUGACCAAGAAAGAAUAUGGGAUGUUCAUAUAUCCUGAAGAGUGUUCCUACGUGCGGUUUCCUGUCAACCCUAAAUUUGAGAAGAAGAGCUAUUUCCUCUUUGGGAUGCUGUGUGGACUCUCCCUGUACAAUUUUAAUGUCGUCGACCUCCCUUUCCCACUGGCUCUGUUUAAGAAACUUCUGGACCAAGAGCCAUCAUUAGAAGAUUUAAAAGAACUCAGUCCUCUUUUGGGGAAGAAUUUGCAAGAAGUUCUAAAUGAUGAAGCUGAUGACAUUAAAGAAGUACUUGGCAUACGUUUUUCUAAGUGGGAAGAGGCUCCUGAGUCGGGCAAGGGUCACAUCAUGGAGGCCUUUUUGAUCCUGCUAAAGAGGAAAGACUAUGUUUCUAAGUGUGUUGAUUACAUUUUCAACACCUCUGUCAUGGCAGUUUAUAAGGAAUUUCAGAGAGGAUUUCAUAAAGUCUUUGACAAAGAGAUACUUAAACAUUUCCAGCCUGAAGAACUAAUAACAGCAAUAGUUGAAUAUGACUGGAAACAAUUUGAAAAGAAUUCAAGGUAUGGUCCAGGAUACUGUAAAUCACAUCCUACGAUACUGAUGUUUUGGAAUGCUUUCCAUAAAUUAACUUUGGAUGAAAAGAGAAAAUUCCUCUUUUUUCUUACAGGAAAUGAAAGGCUGCAUGUAAAAGGCAUACGGAAAGUGGGAAUCCUAUUUCGCUGUCCGGAAACUUUCAGUGAAAGAGAUUUCUCAAGAUCACUGACAUGUCAUAAUAUUCUGGACCUCCCUAAAUAUUCUGCAAUGGAAAGAAUGGAGGAAGCACUUCAAGUAGCCAUCAACAGCAACAAAGGAUUUAUCUCACCCACGGUCACAGAGUGAUAGUGGCCUUCCAAGAGGCUCAGAUCUCAGGUUCUCUCACCCUUCCAUCCUUCUGUUCUUCUUAGUACAAAGUGUGGGCAGAUUUUAGUUAGAAUU